AUAGUAUCUUUAAACUAAACGAAUGUGCAAAGUGGGUGGGGGGUUUUGUGGCCCAGCAUGUGGCUAUAUUGUCCUAAAUGCCCUUGACAUCCCAUCACAAGGUGGCCAAAGCGAAGGGCAAUGUGGUAAUCUCACGACGAGCUGAAUUACAGUUUGUCCAGAAGUGUACGUUGCGUAGCCAUACUGGAGAGCUAGCAAAUAAGGAGGAGAAGAUGAAAGAUGGAGUCUAAGCAAGAGGAAGCCUUUGAAUUCUGCGGUUCUAUCUUUAAGGCUUAUUAUUGUCGUAAAUUCCUUUCAUAUUCUGGCAAACGACAAUCAGUUUCUGGAGGGUAGCGUCGGAUCACAGGCGCACAACUGGUCGUUUUCUUGAACGGUAUCGGGGAAACACAAAACAAGGAGGAAAUGGUUCUCUUUCCAUCCAUUCUUGAUGGAUUGGUGAGAACCAUAACCAUCAAGAAAGAUAGAUGUGAUGAUCAUGUUGGGAGAAAAACUGCAGAAGCAUUGUCAAAGGUGGCCAAAAAGAAAGAGCUUAUUUCAAACUCCUCCGGCGUUGUAAAGUCCGAAAAGUCCGAUAAUUUAUCAUCAAUUUUCUCCAAGAGAGGCCAGAAAGGAAUUAAUCAGGACUGCUUAGUUGUUUGGGAGGAAUUCGGAUGCCAAGAAGACAUGGUCUUUUGUGGGAUAUUUGACGGUCAUGGCCCUUGGGGUCACAUUGUUAGCAAAACGGUCAGAGAAUCACUGGCUGCUUCUUUGUUAUGCAAUUGGCAAGAAACUCUUGCUUUGACAUCUCUCGAUCUCGAUUUCGAAAUGGAAAGGGACAGAAACCUCCACUGGUUUGAUACAUGGAAGGAAUCCUUCUUGAAAACUUAUGCAGCCAUUGACCAGGAGCUUAAGCAACACUCCGAAAUCGAUACCUUUCGAAGUGGUACUACAGCUUUGACAAUUGUUAAACAGGGAGAACGUCUAGUCGUAGCAAACGUCGGCGACUCUCGAGCUGUUUUGGCAACCACUUCUGAUGGUGGCACUUUGUUAGCUCUCCAGCUCACAAUUGAUUUCAAGCCAGAUUUACCCCAGGAGGCUGAGAGGAUAACAAAUUCUAAAGGAAGAGUGUUUUGCUUACAUGAUGAACCGGGAGUUUAUAGGGUGUGGAUGCCAAAUGGUAAGACGCCUGGACUUGCAAUAUCAAGAGCCUUUGGUGAUUACUGCGUCAAGGAAUUUGGUCUGGUUUCUGUUCCUUAUGUCACUCAAAGAAACAUUACCAGCAGAGACCAUUUUGUCAUUUUAGCAACCGAUGGGUUAUGGGAUGUUAUAUCCAAUCAAGAAGCAGUGGAGAUAGUAUUGUCCACGCCAGAUAAGGAAAAAUCAGCAAGGAGGCUUGUGCAAUGUGCUGCUCUUGCUUGGAAAGCCAAGAAACGAGGCAUUGCCAUGGAUGACAUCUCAGUUAUUUGCCUCUUCUUCCACACUUCACUCUUCUCACAGGCCAAUCCUUUGGUCUCAAAAUUCUCGAGCUUUGCACCAAAAACCAUCUAGAUUGUGUAGCUUGCUUCAGCUUCUCAGAUACUAUUAAUUUUUUUUUUUUUUUAAAUGGUGUAUAUGAAUUUAAGUCGUCUUGUUCUCGUGUUUUAAACUUAAAAGUGAAAGUUAUAUAUCACAGAAAUAGUAAAUAAUAAAAUGCGAGUUUGGUUUCUAAA